CUGCGACUCAGAUCACGAGAGAUGUUAUAUUCCGCCCCCACAGCACCGCGCAAGCUUUGAUGUAUGCGCAAAACCAUGGAAGCUACCCAAAUGAACUUUACGGUUGGAUCUUGAGUUAUCAUGCCGAAACUGGAGGCAAAUUCAAUCAAAUUCUGGAUGUUGGAUGUGGUCCUGGAAACGUCACCCGUGAUGGCGCAAAAUCCUUCGAUCAUGCCACCGGUCUGGACACAAGUGAAGCGAUGAUUCGAGCCGCAAAGAGCAUUGGAGGAAAAACGAAAUCCGGGGAACAGAUCAAAUGGUGUAUUGGUGCGGCGGAAGAAUGCAGCACGGUUACGGACAUUGGACUUGGUCAAGUGGAUUUGCUGACAGUCGCAACUGCUGCUCAUUGGUUUGAUAUGUCGAAAUUCUGGAAAGAGGCUGCUAAAAUAGUGAAACCGGCUGGAACGGUUGCCAUUUGGGUGACGCCUCAUUACUACUGUCAUCCGGCUACGGAAGGAGCAGCAAAGAUACAACAAAUAUUAGACGACUUUGAACUCAAAGUAUUGGCACCUGGAGAAUUGUCAGGUAGUCGAAUAGCAAGAGAAUGGUAUGAUGAUCUGGAGCAACCGUGGGGAAAAGCAGAUUUUCGAAAAGAUCAAUUUCAACGAGUCAAAUGGAAUUUCGACGGGAAGCCAAGUGGUCCGGCGGGUGCGGACUUUUUCGGAAGAAGUCAAACUUUGACGCUUCAACAAUUGGGGGAAACGAUCGAGACUGCGAGUACGAUUGAAAGAUGGAGAGAAACCCAUGCUGGUACGGACGAUUGCGUAAAGAAAUUCAUCGCGGAUCUCAAGCAAGUGGGAGGUGAUUCUAUAAGAUUCGGGUCUGGGCUUUCACUGCUUUUAUACAAGAGAGUUUGAGCACAGAAUAAAGUCAAGGGGUACUUUAUUGAUACUAUCUAGUGAUAUGCCUAUUAAUGCUAAUCGCU